AUGCAGCCUCCCUCCAAGAACUUGACACUGGUGAAGGAGUUUGUUCUGGUGGGGUUCUCAGGGCUCAGAAAGGAGGUGUGCCUCCCUCUUUUCUACCUCUUCCUGGCCAUGUACCUGCUGACAGUGGUGGAGAAUGGUGCCUUGGUGCUGGUGGUGGCCACAGAGCGAAGACUCCACACCCCCAUAUACUUCUUCCUAGUCCACCUCUCAUGCCUGGAUGUCUGGUACACUUCACUCACUGUGCCCAAGAUGCUGGCUGUCCUUAUUGGCCCUUGCAGCAGCAGGUCCAUCUCCUACCAGGCUUGCCUGGCCCAGCUUUAUCUCUUCACUUUCUUGGGUGCUACUGAGUGCUUCUUGCUGGCGACCAUGGCCUAUGACCGCUAUGUGGCCAUCUGCAUGCCAUUGCACUACCAGGCUGUAGUAAACAGGGCCACCUGUGUAUGGCUGGCCAGCAGCUCCUGGCUGGCUGGGUUUCUCAGUCCUGCCCUGCCCAUCUACCUCAUGGCAAGGUUGACAUUUUGUGGCCCCAACACUAUCGAUCACUUCUUCUGUGAUGCCUCACCAUUGCUGGCACUCUCCUGCUCGGAUAGCUCCUUCAAGGAGAUGGUUGACUUCCUGGUUUCACUGGCUGUACUUGUGGCCUCCUCCCUGGUGAUUGGGGCCUCCUACAUCUGUAUUGUCUCCACAGUGAUGCGCAUCCACUCUGCAGAGGGGAGGUGACGGGCCUUCUCCACCUGCGCUGCCCACCUGGCUGUGGUGUCCAUCUAUUAUGGGACACUCUUCUUCAUGUAUGUCCGCACCAAGGCAGCCUCGACCACUCAGCUCAACAAGGUGGUAUCAAUCUUCUAUGCCCUAGUCACACCCAUGCUCAACCCCUUGAUCUAUAGCUUGAGAAACACAGAGGUAAAAGGAGCCUUGCAGAGAACUUUCUGCCGUGGGAGGUGGAGACAGGGCUGA